AUGCAGAACGCCAACGCAGCUAAACCAUCCACUUCUCGCAGUGAUGACGAAAAUAUAAACUUUAGACCAUCCCCUAAUUUUAAACAUAUGAAGAAAUACCUGAAGUCAAAAUUUGAAGAAAUGAAUGGUGAAGUUAAUAAUGAAGCAGAAAAAGAAAAGAAAAUACAGAAUGUAAAAGAAGAGGCGAUACCGCAAGUAAAAGUAUCACCGGCACCACCGCCAGAAACAGCAACUGUACAACCGCCACUGCCCCCUAAUUCUCCACCGCCUGAUAUUCCGGUGAUAGAAAUUAAGCAAGAAAUAAUAGAUGAAGACUAUUCCCAGUAUGCCCUUGCCUCAAAUAAUGCCGCAGAUGUGUAUGAUCAUUAUGGUGCUGGAGCCGAUGUCGGAGACAUUAGGGGAGAUAUAGCCGCUUUAGGUGCCAAUGAGCAUGAGGCUGCUACUCUAAGAACUACGACAGCAGGAGAGACCAUGUGUCGAAACUUUGUACGUGGCACGUGUAAGAAAGGAGCAGCGUGUAUAUUUGCGCAUAAGUUGAUCGUCUCACAAUUGCCGGGAGUAUACACCUUUUGCAGGAAUUUCCAAAACAGGCAAUGCACCUUUACUAGGUGCAAAUUCGUGCAUGCCACCGUUUUUGAAAAGGAACUAUUCUUCAGAAGUGGGUACCUCCCACCGCAUGCACUUGCACAUUUGAAAGCUGUGCCACCGCCGCCUCCACCACCGCCCCCACCACCGCCACCACCAGAAGACCCACCAAGUCAAGAAAUCGAACAGGCCUAUUAUGCGCAGCCUAUCUUGGAAACAAAUGUCACAGCUAUGCCAAGCAUUGGUAUAGAGUGUACGGCAGUCCCCACCUACAUGAUGCAGGCACCACAUGCGGUUGGUGAUCCAAAUAUCUAUGCACCGUCGACUUCGAGUGGAAUUUCUAAUAACCCCAGUUUAAAAAGAAAUUGGAGUGAGGUGUUAUCUGAAGACGAAUCCAACUAUUCAGAAGCCGAAAUCUGUACCGACGAACAUACGUUGACAAAGAAAUGUAAAAAUUGUGACAGCAACGAGUUUCGAUACCAAUAUCACAAAAAUAAGGUUGAGAACAUGAUUAGUGCUACUGAAGACAUCAACAAGAAGUUGGCGCAAAUCAAUUCCAAAAAUCAGCGUCUAUGCACCGUACUUGUGACGUUGUUCAAACCGCAUUCCAAUACUACCGCUUCAGCGCCUGGUCUUUCCACUAUGACUGCAGGGCUAGAAGACAAAGACAAGAAUAUUAUUGAGCAGAUAAAUUUAUUUUUCGGUAAUAAUACCCGAGCUACAGCCGUGACGGAAGAAGAAACCAUGAAGAAUCUGCUCGGCAACAACGUAAAUCUUCAACUCAUGACGAAACUUCUAAUUAAUGCGAUGGAACCAUCACCGCAGUAG